AUGUUUGCAUCGAAAGGAAAAGGGAAGUCGAAAAGUGCUCCAGUUUACGCACGUCCAGGGAGCUUGAUAAGGAGCGCUGGCGAAGACGAUGACAAACUGAAGACGUGGGUGGAUGCGAUUUACCGCGACCCAGAGCACGCCCGAUUGUUCUUAAGUGGCAAUUAUGGUGCAUUCGAUCUCACGCCACCAAAACUUUAUCAAGAUUACGUCAAGAGUCAGGAGCUGGAAUCGGUUCGUGUGCUGAUUGAGAAGUUCAAAAAUCACAAAGAUGGAGAAGACUGGCAAUUUUGCAAGUCAAAAUUGAUUGAACCUGUGAUGAGCAAGAUUUCUGAACUGGCACAAGCAGAAGACAAUCCUGCGCUAGCCAAGAUCGCGAUUUGUGUUCAAGCACUUGCCAAUAUUUCUGAUCCCAAGGUACCGACUGGCCUCCAAAACGAUAUGAGAAGAGUUGAAAAUUUCCUCAAGAACAUAGAAACUAACAAAUAUGACAUCCGUUCCCGUUGGAGAAAUCACAUUCGGCCUCUAAUUUCUAAAAAUCAAAAAGUCGAUAUUCUCUUUCAAGCCUUAUGGAUCAUACCCAAAACCCCUAGUUGA